UUUGAAUUGUGAAAGUACCGUUGAUGUUGUUGAAUUAUUUAGGCGGCGCGUUUAUGAAGUAACAGAUAUCCAGCUGUCGGUGGAAAACAAAACAAACAAACAAAUAAACAAGACCAGAAGGGAAACACGAAGAUAGUAUGAAAAUUGAAGGUUCUUCGUACCAGAUGAGGAACAAUGCUGGCCAUGGACCAAGGUGUGGUGGAGGAAUGGCUGUCUGAGUUCAAGACGUUUCCUGAGACGGCCAUCUCCAGCUAUGCUGCGUCUCUGAAGGAAAAGGCUUCGCUGGUCCCUGCGCUCUAUAAAGUUAUCCGAGAGAACUACAGCGAUCUCUUGGAGCCAGUAUGUCACCAGCUGUUUGAGUUCUACCGGAGCGGAGAGGCUCGUCUUCAGCGCUUCACCCUGCAGUUCCUGCCCGAGCUGGUGUGGAGUUACUUGUCGGUGAGCGCCAGCCGGAACCCUCACCACAGCGGCUGCAUCGAGGCUCUUCUGCUGGGUAUCUACAACCUGGAAAUAGUUGAUAAAGAUGGUCAAAGCAAAGUGUUAUCCUUCACCGUCCCCUCCUUAUCCAAACCAUCAGUGUACCAUGAGCCUUCUGCCAUCGGCUCCAUGGCCCUAACUGAAGGAGCUCUCGCCAAUCACGGGCUUAGUCGAGUUGUUUACAGUGGACCACACCUCCAGAGAGAGACGUUCACAGCACAGAACAGGUUUGAAGUGCUGACGUUCCUGCUGCUUUGCUACAACGCUGCUCUGAGCUACAUGAAUAGUUCUUCCCUACAGUCUCUGUGUCAGCUCAGCUCCAGAGUGUGUAUCUGCGGAUAUCCGAGGCAGCAGGUCCGGAGGUAUAAAGGCAUCAACAGCAGGAUGAUCGUGACCUCGGAGUUCCUGGUCCAGCUGAUCACGGGUAUUCACUUUGCUCUGUGUAACGGAGAGCCUGAUUUGGGCUCCAAAGCUCUGGAAGAUGUUCUGUAUCGAGCUCAGUUGGAGCUUUACCCAGAAGUCUUGCUGGUGGGAAAUGCCAUCAAGUCGUCGCUCCGUGGUGCUGCUCUAAAGUCCAAUAAGGAAGGCACGCGGUCCAUCCAGGUCGAGAUCACACCUACUUCCUCACGGAUCUCCAGAAACGCCGUCACCAGUCUCUCCAUCCGCGGCCACCGCUGGAAACGGCACGACGCAGUGGAUCUGGGUUCCCCGGAAGAGCUGAUGGAGAUCUCUGAGGUGGACGAGGGCAUCUGUACACAGGCUGCGGUGAAGGAGGGCAGCCCCCCGAUCAUCGUGGUGAGCAGCACAAACGCCACGCCAGGCAUCGGGAAAACAGCUGGCAAGGGCCUGCGGCGCCUAACGGGCAGCAAAUCCAGCAAGGACAAGGAGAGAGAGAAGGAGAAAGAGGGCGAGGUCACACGCAAGCAGUCGUGCGGCCGGGCCAUGAGCGAGAACUUGGAGCUGCUCUCGCUCAAGCGCCUCACGCUCACCUCCAGCCAGUCAGUGCCUAAAGGGGGUGCGCUCAGCCUCUCGCGCACAGCCAGCGCCGCCUUCUCUCGCUCCUUUGAGCAGGUCAGCAACGCGCUGGGCGUGACCAAUCGGGCAUCCAGCCCCGCCUCUAAUCACAGCCCCAAGGAGAACAGGCACUCGGCCUGCAGCCUGCAAGAGGAAGCCUACGUCGAGCACCUGAGCCCGGCUAACAUCGGCCUGCAGCUCGGCCCAGACGCCUGACGAUACGGAUUCGCUCCCAGACCUGCCGGAUUUUGAGCCAUACUUUCCACUGGUGUCCUAAAAAUACUCUGAGAAAUCGAGACCACUCCUGCCCCCUGGUGGCAAAUCAAAACUGUUGCACCUUAAAGAAACUCCAGUUCUGUUUUAUUUUUGUGGUGUCUUCAUUGAAGCGGUGUUCAAAAAUGUGUGUUUAUAAAAAAUAAAUUAAUUUAAAAAAAAUCCUCAUUUCUACCAUGAACUUGAUACUGUGGAUCGUCUGUAAAAGUCUGACUUUGGCUUGUUAAAGAUAUUUUUGAUGCUGUAUUGAUUCAUCUUGGAGAGUGUUUAUGCUCAAGUAGCUUUCCAUCCAAACAGGGUGUUGAUUAUAUAUGCAAAGGUUGUUCCCUUUGCUUUUUAAAGUGUCUGUGUGUGUGUAUGGCUGUUGGGGCGUAAAAUAAAUUCUGGGUGAAUUUUCACUGCCUUCCUUUAUGUACUGGGCUUUAAGGAAAGCCAUCAGUUUUAAAAUAACACUCCUGAUACUUUGGCAAUAUAUUGUGGUGUGUGUGUGUGGAUUUUUUUUUUUUUUUUAAGCCCAAGAACUGAAGUCCCAAUCAAUAGUAAUCGAAUUUAAGACCAAAAUAUAAUUUGUUUACGUGUUACAAUUUCUUCUUGUUGUAUUUCUGAAGCAAUAGCAUUGUUUUGGCAACAGAAUCUGACUUUUGUAUCAGCACUCAUAAAUUUUUUUUUUUUUUGUACAUAUUGUAAUGACUGUGGUGUUUCACUGAAGAAGAAUCCAGUAUUAACGUGACUCGGAGGUUGAAAACGCAGAAUCGGUUUGUGGGACGGCCAAAUUGUUCUCACCACUUAAUUCUUGCUUUUAAAUCCUCGUCCCAUCCUGUUCAGUGUGUUCGCUGCUCCUGUUGGGAAGAGCUUUGUGCUUUUGAUAAUUAGCCGUCGGAUUGUUUUUCAUGAGCAACUCUGACAAAACACUGUGGUAUUGUCAUGGACUUGUGUGUCAGUUUUGGAAAAAUAAAAGCCAUGGUUUCGAUUUUUUUUUUUUUCCUUUUGGAUUUUGAAAAAGUUUUACAAAAAUAUCUGGUCUGAAAAGAUGCUUAUUUUAGUUUUUAAUUAAUAAAUUUGAAUGGUUGAACAGUAA